UAUCUACUAGCGGCGCUCAGCACUCUGUGCUAGGGUCGGUACUUACGUUCCAUGCGGCAAUCAUCGAUUGUUAUCCAAUGGGUCGCAUUCGGAUACAGCAGUAGCAUGAGCCUAGUAUCUCUGGAUGGCAGCAACGGGUCAGACCCAGACUGUGUACAAGAUCCAAGCUGGCAUGUUGACCCGAGCCUCUUCCAAUCAGAAGCCGUAUCAUCACGGUGUUGUCGUCACACACAUUGCAUGCCUUACUGUUCCCACAUGCAUGAAUGUCGCAACCAGAAACGUUUGGAGACUGAGAUCGUCCUCGGAGGGGCCCAGACGCUGCUGGAAUAUUCAGCUGACGAUGUCUACGCCCAACCCACAAUUAAAGGAGCAGUACAGGUCCCGCAUGUAUAGUGGCCGGACCGCUCAAGCUACUACUGUCCCUGUAUGCAGGUUAAGCCCUUUCCGGUGCCGGCGUGCAUGUAAUAGACCUCUGCCGAAGCUUUACUGUACUUGCAUGCAUAACGGCGCUAGCAUACUUGAUAGUCCCAUAUACUGUGAUGGCUUUUUCACUUUCCCCAUAGGCCCUUGCUGCGCUUCCAAGUCUGUCAAACUGUAUAUGCCCACGCUGAAUCCGAAUGGUUUCCUGCUCCUAUAUGCUUUAGGUUGGGUUCGAUAGAACUAGAGUCCUCGCCUCUAGUCCUAUGCCAUCUUGUGGACCUGGGACGUUUCGGGAAGGGAUCAUGUGCUAGGAGAGGGUUUUUCGUAUCGAGUUGAAGUCAGAAAGAGGUUGAGUCUAGCAGCUAUUUCAUAAUGGAACGGGAGCCGGGGGGCCAGUCC